AUGUGCUUCGGCUCCAGCGAAAAAGAUUCCGGCGAGAACCUCGCGCCUAGGCCGGCGAACGGUGCUUCUUCCACCAUGGCCCACGACUCCAAGGCCUCAUACCCUCCGCAGCAGCAGCAACAGCAACAACAGUACGCGCCUCCGACGGGCCCCCGCCUUCGCAGUCGCCUCAACCCUACUACGCUCCUCCCCAGGGCGCCCCUCCUUCCCACUCACAACCCCAAGGCCAAUAUGCGCCCCCGACAGGCCCUCCCCGCCUCAAGUUUCCCAGCAGCAGACCCAAUACGCACCUCCUCCCGGCCCGCCUCCGGCCGAUGCACAGCGCCAGGACCAAUACGCACCCCCGCCUGGCGCACCCCCAUCAUCAAGACCAAUAUGCGCCCCUCCCGGCCCCCUCCCGGCCAGGACUACGCCCCUCCGGCGGGACCGCCUCCCAAAGAUCCCAAACCUCAGCAUGACUGGGAAAUCGCCGUCCCCGACACCUCCCUCUUCCCGCCGCCCCCGGCCUUCUUCAGCGGCUGGGAUCGGAGCCCCGCUAACAACGCGACGGAGGAGGAGGCGGAGCGCGGUGCCCAAUGGUGCCAGCAAUACCCGCUGACCCCGCCCAUCACCCUGGACCCCGGCCCUCGCCGCGCUCCAGACGCACAACAUCCGCCUGAUGCAGCCCUGGGGCUUCACGGGCGAGCUCCACCAGAGGGCCGCGGGCCAGUGGGAGUGCCGCACCCCGCGCACCGCGCCCGACAGCUGCCUCAUCAGCUACCCCCGCUCUACGCCGUGACGCUGCACUCGCCGCUCGCGAGCGGUAGGAAGCACACGGUGUACUACGAGGUGCAUGUCCGCAACGACAGCCGCCGCGACGAGACCUCGCUGGCCCUUGGUUUCACUGCGCUGCCCUAUCCCAACUUCCGGCUUCCCGGCUGGCACCGUGGCAGCAUGGCCAUCCACGGCGAUGACGGCCACAGGUACGUAAACGACACGUGGGGCGGGCAGUCCUUUACCGCGCCCUUCAAGAGGGGCGACACGUACGGUGUCGGUAUGACGUUUGAGCCUGUCGAGGGCCGCAUCAUCACCACCUGCUUCUUUACCAGGAACGGUGUGGUUGACGGCGAGUGGAACCUCCACGAGGAGCAAGAUUCCGACGUGAUCCUUCCCGUUACUGGCCUGGAGGGCUAUCACGACUUGGGGUGCGCCAUCGGCUCGUUUAACCACGUCGCCUUCGAUGUUAUCUUUGAUCCAAACGCGUGGAAGUAUCGCCCCUCGUAG